AUGGAAAACAAGAAAAGUGGGCACAAUCAUCGACGAACGAGCUCCGAAAUAAUUUGCGAGGCUCGCGGAUCUUUGAACGUUGGAAAUGGCCUUCGUGUAAUGAAAGACUCGAGAAGACCAAUAACUCCGCAUACCACGAACAAUCGUCAUUUAUUUGGAAGACCUUCGAGCUCAUUAAACUCGACAUUAUCACGGAGUCACAUUUAUUUCUUGCCCGAAGUCGAGCAGCAGUGCAAAUUUUUCAGCGAUGGCGACUUUCAGGCAAAUCUGAAUAAAACAACCGUGAAAAAUGACUCAACCAAAUUGCCUCUGUUGACAAACAUUACGACGCAAAAUACUUCGUGCAAUGACAAAUUAAUCGCCGCAAGGACACUUUACGAGCAAAAAUCGAACAAAAAGAAAAUCGCACCGAUCGAAAAGGUAAAAAAUGAAAAAAUCAAGAAAUUUGCAAAGCUCGUACAUGACUUUGAAGCUACGAAGGAAAUGUCUGAAAGUACAAAAGCAGCGUUUUUGGAGAGUUUCAACGAGUUAAAGGCAACUACAUUAAAGCCUUAUGAAGAAAUUGAACUUUUGAAUUAUCUUUUUGUGAUGUCCGAGAGCGAUUCUCCAGAAAUUUUAACGAAUAUUGCGGAAAUUAUGUUACUCCUCGCUCAUAAUGGCAAAAAUGUAUCGGGAGCAUGCAAAAUUAUCUAUAAAUUGAGCAAAAAUAAUGCUAAUGACAAGAUUUUAGUUGAAAGUGAUCUACCAGAAUUGUUCUUGGAAAAAGGAAUCGCGCGAAUAAAUCCCAUAGAAGAGGUUGAAUCAAUCGUUUAUGGAUACGGCGCACUUCGAUUUUUGAUGUUCAUCAAGGACGUCAAUGAGUUGCAAUCAAACAAAACCAUCGGAAAUCGACUUUUAUCCAAAGGAAUCGUUCAAGUUUUGACCAUUCAUCUUCAGUUAUUCAAUGAUUUGGCAAUCACGAAGAAAUUAUGCGAUCAACAUUUUCACGCCUUAUUUCAACUUUCGGAAAGUUUACGUGAAGCUUUUAAUUUUAUCGUGCUCCCAAGCACUCCAGAUCACAUCAAACUCGAUGAUUCUGUGAGUUUGGCAGCUCCACAGUUGCUUUCAACGCUUCAAUUUUGCACAAAUGACCUGGAAAUGCAACUUCAAAUCCUGCGAACGCUCAGUGUGAUGUCGGAAACGCAGUAUGGGAAUCGACAACUCGCCAAUAAAGUAACAGAAUUAGGAAGAUGUUUGAAGCCGUUGUCGUCAAAUAUUCGAGAAACGAAAAAAGGUUUCGUUUUUAUGUGUCGCGUUGGAUAUAUCAUUGGAAAUAUUGUCGAAGAAUACGAUUACGCGAGGAUUUUAUUCUACGAAGACACGGGAAUUAUGGGAUUUCUUAUCGAAAAUUUGGAAUUUUACGCAAAUGGCAAUGUAGCAACCAGAAGUGAAGUGUUGAUAAAAUUAAUUCGUAUUGUAGCGAAUUUGAGUAUUAAUCCUUAUGUUGGGUCAAAUUUGGGAAAUUCAUCGUUGGGAGUGAUUUUGCUUCAUAUGUUGCUGCGAGUUAAGGAAUCCAAGACAACCGAGUCAGAAGAACUUUUAGAAGCAAUACUUGGGACCAUUCACAACAUCGUCUACUAUCUCUACAAUCAACCGGACUACGAAAUCUCAACUUCAGACGAUCCCGGAAGCUUUUAUCAACGCAUAAAUGAUAUCGCAUCCGUACUUUUUGACAUAAUUCAAGGCGGUUACUCGAAAUAUUCGAGAUUGGAGUCUGCGAAUAUUUUGGGAAACAUUUCACGAUUGUCUAAUGUGAAUGUCAUUACUGAACGGAAGUUGCGGAUUUUGAUUGGUUGUUUAAAUUGUGACACAGGGAAGAUAUCGGAUGAGUCUGAAUUUCUCACAGCCGUUAUUGGGAUUUUGGUGAAUAUUUUAGCAGAUUGGGAAACGAGAUUGAAAUUCAAGGAUUUGAACGGGAUUACAGCUCUUCGAAAAAUAUUCUUGCGAGCUUUGGAUGCGAAAGAUUGGAAACUUGCGACGCUUUGUUGUCAGGCAUUUUGGAAUAUUGUGACGGAUUGCAAGACAAUCACGGAAGAAAUUAGCGACGAAGAGGGACAAUUGAUCGCGAAUCAUAUAGCGGAGAAUUUGGAUGAGAAAGCGUUGUUUAAGGGAGAUCCGCCGGAGGAUUGGGAACCAUUUGCCGUUGUUGCGAGUGAUUUGUUGGAACGGUUUCAAUUACUUCUAGCAGUUAAUUAGGUCAAUAAA